AUGAUCAGUAGCUUGGAGGUUCUGCGUAAACUACUGGCAAGACAUGCCAGCAGGACGGUCACUCGUCGCGAUUUUCCCGAGGAUUUUGUUUUCGGAACUGCAACUUCGGCGUAUCAGCACGAAGGUGCCACUGCAGAAGAUGGUAGGGGCCCGAGUAUAUGGGAUACUUUCACACUGAAGACACUCGGUAGAGUGAAGGACAAUAGUAAUGCAAAUGUAUCUGUUGAUACAUAUCAUCGAUACAAGGAGGAUGUGAAGUUGAUGAAGAAAAUAGGUUUAAAUGCCUACAGAUUUUCAAUUUCAUGGUCUAGAGUACUGCCAGGUGGAAGCUUAGAUGCUGGCGUGAACAAAGAAGGCAUCAAGUACUACAAUAAUCUCAUAGACACGCUACUGGCCCAUGGCAUUGAGCCAUAUGUGACUCUCUUUCAUUGGGAUCUUCCCCAAGCCUUAGAAUAUGAGUAUGGUGGCUUCUUAUGCUCUCAAAUCGUCGAAAAUUUUUGUGAGUUCGCGAGUCUUUGCUUUUGGGAAUUUGGUGAUCGGGUAAAGCAUUGGAUUACACUCAAUGAUCCAUGGACCUUCUGUUUUGGAGGAUAUGUAAUGGGCACAAUGGCACCUUGGCGAGGUUCCUCUUUGGCAGGGCAUGUAAAAGGUAGCACUGCUUGUCAUAGAGCAGCAGUUGAUUUGUACAAACAAAAAUUUCAGAAACUUCAAGAGGGGAAGAUAGGGAUCACGCUUUUCUCAAAGUGGUUUGAGCCGCUCUUUGACAAUGAGCUUGAUGAAGAAGCUGCCACAAGAGCAUUUGAUUUUAUGUUGGGAUGGUUUCUGGAACCAUUAACAUCUGGGGAGUAUCCAGAAAGUAUGAUAAAACUGGUUGGAUCUCGUCUUCCCUUCUUUUCAACAGAAGAGUCAAAGCUAGUUAAAGGAUCCUAUGAUUUUUUAGGAUUGAAAUAUUACACAGCUACUUAUGUGAAAAGUGAAUCUAACUCACCUGGUCUAGAAGUAAGCUAUGCUACAGAUCCCCGAGUAACAUACACAAGUGAAGUACGGAUUGGUCCGAAGGCUGCUUCAGACUGGUUAUACAUUUAUCCACAAGGGAUUUACAAGCUCUUAGUUUAUAUAAAGGAUGUAUAUAAGGUUCCCCUUAUUUACAUUACAGAGAAUGGGGUGGAUGAAAUGAACAAUACGAGUCUCACAGUUUCUGAGUCUCGGGUGGAUGACAUAAGAAUUAAGUAUCACCAGGACCAUCUAUUAUAUAUUCGAUAUGCAAUUAUGGCUGGUGUGAAUGUAAAGGGUUACUUCAUUUGGUCACUGUUUGACGGUUUUGAAUGGAGUCAGGGGUACACGGUUCGAUUUGGCAUUUUUCAUGUGAACUUCAAAGACAGUUUAGCUAGAUUCCCGAAGGACUCGGCUCUAUGGUUGAUGAACUUUCUUAACACAAAACUUACUAAAGGUCAGACGAAGAGACAGAUUGAAGACCGCGAAGAACAUAAUCCCGUGAAAAGGCUAAAAACUCGUUGA